CAGAAUAAAAGGGUCACUGAUAUGGGGUUCUUUAUAUGUUUUUCAGACAUGGAUGACACACUUUAUCCCAUGAGCACAGGCAUCAACUCAGCUUGCCGCAAGAACAUCGAAGAUUACAUGCUGGAAAACCUGAACAUAGAGAAAAGUGAUGUACCAAGGAUGUGCUUGGAAUUGUACAAAGAAUUUGGAACCACAAUGGCCGGCCUAAAGGCUCUUGGUUAUGAAUUUGACAACGAUGAGUUUCACGACUAUGUUCAUGGAAGGCUGCCAUAUGAUUUUCUGACUCCUGAUCCCGUAUUGAGGAACCUUUUACUUUCCAUGCCACAAAGAAAAAUAAUCUUCACUAAUGCUGAUAAGGCACAUGUGGCUCAAGUUCUCACAAGGUUGGGCUUGGAGGAUUGCUUUGAAGGUGUCAUCUGCUUUGAGACUCUUAAUCCUCCUCUUGCAGAAGCUGGUGAACCAGACCCUGAUGAUGCUGACCCUGAUAGUUGCAGCUCCAAGCCACAGAUCAUCUGCAAACCCUCUCUUGAAGCCAUUGAAGCAGCUAUAAGGAUAGCAAAUGUUGAGCCAGACAAAACAGUUUUCUUUGAUGACAGCACUCGGAACAUUGCGAGUGGCAAAGCAGCAGGACUACACACAGUUAUUGUGGGGAGCUCAGUAUUAGUGCCAGGUGCAGACUAUGCCUUGAACAGUAUUCACAAUAUCAAAGAAGCAAUACCUGAAAUAUGGGAAAACACUGAAGGGGAACAGCUUGAGCAAGUCAUCCAAUCCAGUGCAAUUGCAACAGUGGUCCUUGCAUGAAUUUCCUGAGUCUUCCACAGAAACUCACCAUACUCGAAUUGUAUCCACACUAGUUAUUUAAACUUACACUUCAUAUGGAUUUAUGUAACCAUUCCCAAGUACUUGCAUACUGGGCAAUAAGAAUAAGCUUAAAAUAA